CGUAAAUUACACGGCCGUUGAAACGAAACACAACGACUGUUGUGGAAGAUGAGCAGCGUGAGCAGUGCGCUGCCUGUGCGGCAGCAGGCGCAGCGAGCACAACAAGGAUCCACUGUUGUCGGCAGGCGGAUCGGCGCAGCAGUAACAAAGGACAACUCUGGGGUUGUCAACUUGUCCCAGUUGCCACAGGAUAUGCAGGAGCAAGCCAUCCUCAACGACCUUCUCUUCGUGCUCCUGAACGUCACCGGAACCUACAUUGCGGCGCGGCGCGAUGAAACCACACGUGCCAUCAAGUUGAUCCCUCCACCCGGCCUAGAUCCCCAGCUGAAGCGGAUGGUCGAACGCAUCCUGCCGUGCUGCGCCGACUUUGCCACAGUCUCCCGCUUCAUCGCAGCCGCUGAGACGCCUGGUGAAAGUCGCGUGAACCAGGCGCUGGCGGAGGGGCUGCGUGAUAUCACCAAGGACUACUACCUCCUCAUUGCACAGCUCGAGCACCAGCUCUACUCGGGGAACCUUACGCUGCAAAAGCUGCAGUUUUGCCUGCAACCAACACAUUUUGUCAUGGAAAAGCUAUCAUCCAUUUGCUUGCAGCUCCUUCAGCACGACUGCCGCGGCGCGCAAACCCUCUCCAUAUUGCAUCAGGCGACACAGGACACCAUUGGCCAGGCAAAGCUUCACGCCCUCUGCUGCUCCCUCGCUGCCAAGGCGAGCCGGCCGUAUCUGGACAUGGUUGGCACGUGGAUCUAUGAUGGCCUGCUCACGGAUCCUGCGUCGGAGUUUAUGGUGCGCCAUCGUACCGCCAUCUCCCCGGCCGCCAACGAGCCCCUCACCAUGCAGUGUGAACUCGUCCCAGACAACAUCCCAUCCUUCCUCGAAGACGUUGCCGACCUGAUCCUGGAGACGGGCCGGUACCUCCGCGUCCUCGCCCAAUGCGAGCGGCAAGCGCCAAUGGCACACGUGCGGCCAUUGGUGUAUGUGCAGCAGCCGCACGAGUACAGGGACAUUGUGCAGACGGCGCACGACGAAGCGAACCAGGCGCUUCUGCUCGCACUCCGCAGGGACUACCGGCUCAUGCAGCGGCUCACGUCUGUCAGAAACUACUUCUUCAUGCGCCAGGGCGACCUCUUCAUCCAUUUCCUCGACACCGCUGAAGAGGAGCUGAGUGCACCGCAUCAGGCCGUGAACAGCGAUCGCCUCUCGUCGCUGCUCGAACUUGCUCUCCGCACAUCAUCCGCUGCCUCAGACCCUUUCAAGGACGACCUCAGGUGCGGGCUGGCCCGUAUGCGGGUGGCCAACGAGCUCACCAAUAUCAUCCGCAUCUCGCGCAGUGCCGACGCAACACAGACAGACGGCGAGUUUGUUGACUUGCCGCGGGAUUUGCCGCUGCCUGACGGACUUCCCAGCAAAGAGAUGACCGGUUUCGACCUCUUCACGCUCGAGUACAACGUCGACUGGCCCAUCUCCCUCAUCCUCGACCACCACGCGAUGCGGCGGUAUCAGUUUCUGUUCCGGUUCAUCUUUGAGAUGAAGGACGUUGAACAGCAUCUCGUCACCUCCGUUGUCGCCAGCGCCGCAGUCCGGCGCUCCCACCUCCCAUGGAUGCAACGCGCCUUCUCUCUGCGCCAGCGCAUGCUGACAUUCGUACAGACGCUCGAGCACUACGUUGUCUUUGUGGUGAUUGAGCCGCAUUGGAGUGCGAUGCAGCGCGCGGUGCGAGAGGCAAAGUCCAUCGACGAUCUCUUAGCCGCACACAACGACUUCCUCGACACUUGCCUCCGCAAGUGCAUGCUCACGAACGAGCGCUUGCUCAAGACGGUGUCAGGGCUGCUGCGGCUCUCCAAAGUGUUUGCGCUGUACAUGAAGCGGUUUGUGCGAACAGCGGACACGCAGCUGCGAAGUAGGGCCGUGGAGAGCGCACACCAGUCGUCCCGAGAGACGGUUCUUCAGAGCACAACAAAAGCAGAAGCCACCUUCUACAAGCAGAUGGGUGCGCUGAUCAUGCACUUGACCGAGGUUGCCGCUGUGGAGAACGAGCAGGACUUGGCCAAGAUUGUGCUCACCCUCAACUACAACGGGUUCUACGACCGCCAAGUGCACGAAGCAGAGAUGCACCAGCGCACACGCGCACAGCAACGCGAAGAGCCGCCACCAUCAGCCACCUCUCCACGCGCAUAACCGAUGACCGCUCUGCCCUGUCACAGUGGUUUGAUUGAUGUGUGGUGCGAGUGUAUCCGGCCGUCCCUCAACACACAAACACAAUCUGUCCAUAGCUGCCUGCUUCUUGUGUUUGGUUCUGUCAGUAGCAUUGCAUUCCCUUGUUUCCGCCUCAGCCUGCGCACACGCGAAAGACGCUUCCAUCAUCAGUAAACCCUCCCAUCAUG